AUGCGCUCCUUCGCCUUCCUCGCCGCCGCGGCCGUCGUGCCCCAGGCCAUGGCCCACUACGUCUUCCCUACCCUCAUCGUCAACGGUGAGCAGACCGAGCGCUACCAGUACGUCCGCGAGGCCAAGAACUCCAACUCUCCCGUCACCGACGUCACCUCCGACGGCAUCGUCUGCAACAUUGGCGGCAACGACGACGAUGUCCUCGCAAAGACCCAGACCAAGGCCGUCAACGCCGGUGAUGAGGUCGGCUUCAUCGUCGAGAACGACAUGGGCCACCCUGGUCCCCUCGCCGUCUACCUCUCCAAGGCCCCCUCCGGUGUCGCCUCCUACAAGGGUGACGGCGACUGGUUCAAGGUCUACGAGCUGUCCACCUCCAACAUCACCGAGGCUGGUCUCCAGUGGGCCACCUACGUCAACAACGCCGGUAUUCACAACUUCACCUUCACUCUCCCCAAGGAGGUCCCCACCGGCGAGUACUUGAUGCGCGCUGAGCACAUUGGCCUCCACGGCGCCGGCACCAAGGGUGGUGCCCAGUUCUACAUCGCUUGCGCUCAGAUCUCCGUCACCGGUACCUCCACUGAGACCCCCUCGCCCGUCGUCAAGUUCCCCGGCGUCUACACCGGCGAGGAGCCCGGUCUGUUGAUCAACAUCUACUACCCUGCCCCCAAGAACUACACCGUCCCCGGUGGCCCCGUUGCCUUCUCCGGAUGCGAGGACCACACUGCCAACCUUCUCGGCCAGACCUCCGACGGUGACUGCACUGGCUCCGAUGGUGCCACCACUCCCACAACCCCCACUACUCCUACCACACCUUCCACCUCCGCCGCUCCCUCUGCAGGCAUCCCCGACUACAACGGCGGCAACAGCACCAGCCCCGCUGAGCCCUCUGCUGCUCCUACCGCUGCCGCUGGCGAGGGUGACGACUGCGAGAAGUCUGCUGCUCGCCGCCGCGUCCGCUCCAUGCGCCGCAAGCUUGCCCGUGCUGCUUCUUUCUAA